AUGCCCCACUGUACCAACAACUUCGUUUGGUAUUUAGGAAAGUUCAUCGCAGGUUUUACAGGAAUGCUUUUCUUCUAUGUGGUUUUCCUGAAAGAGAGGGAAUACACUUGCUUGUGUAGAGCGAGAAUGCGAGAAUUCUUACGUCGUAAAGGGGAAAAUACUAAUUCUUGUCCUUUAGACGACCAGGCAGAUGCGAAUGCAAAGAAGGAGCUCGGAUCAAAGUCUAUGCUUGUGGCUGUAAGAAACGUUUGGACAUGGUAUACGAAGAUCCGGGAAUGGUUUUUGGAGAACGACCAACCGAUAUCGGAGACUGCAUUUGCAUUAGGAAAAGGCCUUCCUAAAAAUGAAAAUGACGUAUCAUCAUCAAAUUGGACGUGCUGUCUAACGAUGCUCAAUCGAAAAACCAAGCUCAUAGAAUCGACUAUCAAUGAACGAAGAAAACGAAUGGGUAGACACUGUCUUUUUCGCCAUUGCAGUGGACUUGUAUGCGCUCAUAAAUUAAUGAAAAGAAGAAAAAACAGGCAGCAUUGUGUUCAUCUACGCGUUUCUCAUGAUGUUGUUUCCGAUCAUUGGAGGAUAUACGAUAAAUCGAUGCAUAAUAAUAAAGAUAAUAUUAAAGAUGGAAAAGAAAAUAGUGUUUCGAAUGAAGAAAUUAUAAACAUGUUACACAUGCAUAAAGGAGAAAUUUCAAACGAAAUUUCUUGUAACGCCGAGAAAAAAGAAAAAUUAAAAUCGACACUUAAUCGCAAUAUUCCUCGAUUAUCUCCUCGAAUUCUUGAAACUAGAUGCGAGGACAAUAAAAAUUUUGAAAAAUCAAAUAUUUUAAAAGACAUUCGUAAUGAUAUAAAAUAUCCUUUAAAGUGCAUUAACGAAAAUAUUUUGGAAAAGAAAAAUAGUUCCUAUAAAACUAAUAAAAUCGAUACACCGCGAGAAUGUUUGAGAAAAACUUCAAAUAAAAAAUUUUUAUCAAGUGAUCUAAAUUUCAGUAAAACUAUUAUUACAGACAAUUGUAUGAAUUCAAUUUUGUAUCACGAUUUACGAAAAAAAUAUACUCCUACUAUCAAAAAUAAAUUGUCAAAAGAUUAUUUGGAAAUUGAUAAAGUUGUUGAAUUCAACUUGUCUUCGGAAAUGGAGGACGCAGAAAAAAUUAACGCGCAUCAAGAGUUAGACGUUGAUAAAAUCAUGAAUAAUUUUUUGAACGAUGUACAAGUAUUUCCCUUCAAACAAAAGCAAAGAUACAAUUUAAAACACUCCAUAAAUAAACAUCAAUUUUCGAAUUCAAGAUUACAGAAGAAAUACUCAUCUCGCAACAGUAAAAUUGGUUCAAACAUGCAACAAAAAACCUUCCCUACUCUUUGGUAUAAAAAUACAAUGAAGCAGAAAAAACUGUCAAAAUUUUUCUGUCAAAAUUGUAAUUGUAACACAAAAUCAUAUAAUUAUAAUGGUUCCCGAUGGAGUAGCAGGAAACAAUUUUUAUCGUAUCCAAAUUCUUCAAUUCGACCACAGUACAAUAUGUCAUUUACAAAUUUACAAUUGCAUAGAAAUGAUAACAUGUGUGAAUGUCUAAAAAUGAAAAAAAAAAAUGAUUCAAUGAUAGAUCCUAAAUUUGUAUUGUCUCACGAAACUCGUUCGUUUAAAUAUAAACCACAAUCGAUGAAAUAUAAAGAAAAACCGACUAUAGUUAUCUUCAAAAACAGAACACCUAGAUCGAAAAAUUUAAAGAGUUAUAAUUCACCGAGCACUUCUAUCGGAACUAUUGAGAGUUCUGUUCAUGACAGCUUAGAUACGUGUCCAUGUUCAAUUUAUAAGUCACCGCGUUAUAUGAUACCAAAUGAUCAAUAUAAUAAAUACAAUACAAAAAUAGAUCCUCUUCUAUUAUCUUCAUCAUCGAAAUCAUCAUUGUCGAAACGAUGUCAUUCUUGGUCUAUAUUAUCACAAAACUCUAUUUGUCAUAGACAAGAACCAAUUUCUUCUUCUUGUACGAAUAUUCAAUUAUGGAAUAGAUUUCCUGAAAACGAAAAGAGAAAAAACACGUAUCUUUCCUCGAGCUCAUGCUCAUGCUCCACAUCAUCACUGUCAACAUUCAAAGAUGAUUACAGUUUAACAGAAACAGAUACAGAAGCAAAACAAAUUCAAAGAUCAGAAAGGAAGAAACCAAAAUUUUGUGCACAAAAGAAGAAGAUAAUAUAUAUGGAUAAACGUCAUGUUAGAUGGAAUAUUAAAAAUACAUAUUAG